AUGGACUGUUGGAAAGCCAUGGCACUUUUACUGCUCUGCUCACUGCUGCUCAGCCAGACACACGGCGCUGCCUUGCACAACCAACAGCCGCGGCUGACGAGGCAGAGGAGGAUGACACCGUUCUGGAGAGGCGUCUCCCUGCGACCCGUUGGAGCCUCGUGCAGGGAUAACAGCGAGUGCAUCACAAUGCUCUGCAGGAAGAACCGCUGUUUCCUUCGAACCGCCUUGGAGUGA